CUCACACGACCUCACACAACCUCACACAACCUCUCUUUCCCCUUCUUCGCCGUUGUACAACAUUGAUGCAGUAACAGAUGAGCAGCCAGAUUUCCCCAAGAGGCCACCCAGCUUACAGAAGAAGCUAAUGAGCCAGCUGUACUGAAUAAACACGCCAAGUUUUCCUCAGCCUGGGUUUCUACUACUAACAACAACACUGCCAACUAUGGCAGCAUCCUUCCUCACCAUCGUCUCCCGGCUCUUUGGCUGGAUUUACUUCUUCUGCUGGUCCUUCUCAUUCUACCCGCAAGCCAUCCUCAACUUCCGCCGCAAGUCCACCUCCGGCACCACUAUCGACUUCAUCGCGAUCAACGUCCACGGCUUCAUCGCAUACUUCACCUCGAACGCGGCGUUCCUCUUCUCAUCGGAGAUCCGCCGGCAAUACGCUCUGCGGAAUCACGGCCUCACCCCCACAGUCCAGAUAAACGACCUUGCAUUUGCUGCGCAUGCUAUUGUGCUGACUACUAUUACGUGGACCCAGUAUAUGUUUCCUGCUGCAUGGGGCUUUGAUAAGAGGGGAAAGGGCGAGCACGGGGCGAGGAUGAGCAGCUGGAUUAAAGGAAUAAUCGUUGGCGGCUUGGUGGGGGUCGGAGUUACGGCUCUGAAUGUGUCUGCGAGGAACGAUGAGGAUCCGAAGAAUGGCUGGGCAUGGAUCGACGUCAUAUAUGCUGUCUCGUACGUCAAGGUGGUCAUAACGCUCGUGAAAUACCUGCCCCAAGUUAUCACGAACUAUCGAAAUCAAUCAACGCGGGGAUGGUCGAUCCUACAGAUACUUCUCGACUUCGUGGGAGGGAUACUUUCCGUCAGCCAGCUGUUUAUAGACAGUUACUUACAGGGGGAUUGGUCUGGAGUUACUGGGAACCCGGUCAAGUUGGCCUUGGGGAACUUCAGCAUGUUCUUCGAUCUCAUUUUUAUAGCCCAGCAUUAUUACUUAUAUAGACGGGAUAGGAAGUCCUUCGGCAGUAUGGAAGAUGAUCCGUUGCUUGAUGAUGAUUCGAGGCUGGAUAGGAUUGAUUAGACACAGGCCGCAUUGAAUAAUAGCUUUGUGAUAAAGGAUUCUGGUUGCAAGUUGCACCUGUGGAC